CCUGGGCGGCGUUGCCGUGGAGACGGAGCGAGCGGUGUGGAUGCUGCGCCUCCGGGUCGCGGGGCCUCUGCCGUCUGUGUACCCUCCCGGGCUCCCAGAACCCACGCCAAGAUGAUGCUCUCCAGGGCCAAGCCCGCCGUGGGCGGAGACCCCGCGCAGGGCGACAAGCGGAAGAAGAAAGGGGGCAAGAUCCCCAAGCUGGAGGAGCUGCUGUCGCAGAGGGACUUCACGGGCGCGAUCACCCUGCUGGAGUUUAAGCGUCAUGUCGGAGAACAAGAAGAAGAUACCAAUUUGUGGAUUGGAUACUGUGCCUUUCACCUCGGUGACUACAAGAGAGCUUUAGAGGAAUACGAAAAUGCUGCCAAAGAUGACAAUUGCAACCCCGAUGUCUGGGUGAACCUGGCCUGCACCUACUUUUUUCUUGGGAUGUAUAAACAAGCAGAAGUAGCUGGAUUUAGAGCUCCCAAAAGCCGGCUUCAAAACCGCCUUCUCUUCCACUUGGCUCACAAGUUUAAUGAUGAGAAGAAACUAAUGAAUUUCCACCAGAAUCUUCAGGAUAUCACAGAAGAUCAGCUGAGUUUGGCUUCCAUUCACUAUAUGCGAUCUCACUACCAGGAGGCUAUUGAUAUUUAUAAGCGGAUCUUGCUGGAUAACAGGGAGUACCUCGCGCUCAAUGUCUACGUGGCUCUGUGUUACUACAAACUGGACUACUAUGACGUGUCACAGGAAGUUCUGGCCGUCUACCUGCAGCAGAUCCCUGACAGUACCAUCGCGCUCAAUCUAAAGGCCUGUAAUCAUUUCCGCCUUUACAACGGCAAAGAAGCUGAGGCAGAACUCAAGAGUUUGAUGGACAAUGCUUCCUCUUCCUUUGAGUUUGCCAAAGAGCUCAUCAAGCACAAUCUGGUGGUUUUUCGAGGCGGUAAAGGCGCUUUGCAGGUUUUGCCGCCCCUGGUUGACGUCAUUCCUGAAGCUCGGCUCAACUUGGUCAUUUACUACCUUCGUCAAGAUGAUGUACAAGAAGCAUAUAACCUAAUCAAGGAUCUGGAACCUACUACCCCCCAGGAGUACAUCCUCAAAGGAGUGGUCAAUGCAGCGCUUGGCCAGGAAAUGGGAUCGAGGGACCAUAUGAAAAUCGCACAGCAGUUCUUCCAGCUGGUGGGAGGUUCGGCCAGCGAAUGUGACACGAUUCCAGGGAGGCAGUGCAUGGCUUCGUGUUUCUUCCUGCUGAAGCAGUUUGAUGAUGUGCUGAUUUACCUCAACUCUUUUAAGAGUUACUUCUGCAAUGAUGACAUCUUUAACUUUAACUACGCCCAAGCCAAAGCCGCCACAGGCAACACCAGGGAGGGAGAAGAAGUUUUCCUCUUAAUCCAGAGUGAGAAGAUGAAAAAUGACUACAUUUACCUCAGCUGGUUAGCUCGGUGCUACAUAAUGAACAAGAAACCAAGACUGGCCUGGGAGCUUUAUCUCAAGAUGGAAACCUCGGGGGAGUCCUUCAGCCUCUUACAGCUCAUUGCUAAUGACUGCUACAAGAUGGGGCAGUUUUACUACUCGGCCAAGGCAUUUGAUGUGCUGGAGCGGCUGGAUCCCAACCCUGAGUACUGGGAAGGCAAGCGGGGGGCCUGCGUGGGCAUCUUCCAGAUGAUCUUGGCUGGGAGAGAACCCAAAGAGACCCUCCGAGAAGUUCUGCAUCUGCUGAGGAGCACGGGCCACACCCAGGUGGAAUACAUCAUCCGGAUCAUGAAGAAGUGGGCCAAAGAGAACCGAGUGCCUGUCUAAAGGAGGCCCGGCCACGCC